GGCCAAUCACAGACCAGUAUCCGGCCGAGCUCCGCCCAGGUUGGCCGGCCGCGUUCCCGCCCUCUGAAUAGGAAUGACCAACGGGGGCGUUGCUGGGGGGCGGCGCCGGGCUCGAGCUCGACCCAGUUUGAAAGUGAACCAACGUCUCCAGUCGCCGCUUCAGCCACCAAACAACAACAAGAACCCGUGAACCCCCAAAAACCCGAAACCCGACCCAAAGUCUGCUCCGGCCCUCCUGACGAUUUUGAACGGUUGGUCGGAUGAAACAACAUGUGAAGACGUCACCCUCGACCGAGACGGACAGGCUGAAUGAUCAGUGCUGAAACUAAUUAACAGCAUGAUGGAUAAUAAAGAUGAAGAUGAAAUAAACGCGCCACUAUGAUGCGUAAAGACGUCAACAAGCCGAAGGGGAAGACGUCGGCUUACGCCUUCUUCGUCCAGACGUGUAGAGAGGAACACCGGAAGAAGCACCCCGAGCAGUCCGUCAACUUCGCCGAGUUCUCCAAGAAAUGCUCUGAGAGAUGGAAGGGUCUGUCUGCCAGCGAUAAGAAGUGUUUCGAGGACAUGGCGAAGGCCGACAAGGUGCGUUACAACAGGGAGAUGAGAGACUACAUCCCGCCCAAGGGCUUCGGAAAGAGGGGCCGCAAAAGGAAAGACCCCAACGCACCCAAAAGACCCCCGUCUGCGUUCUUCGUGUUCUGCAGCGAGUACCGUCCCAGCGUGAAGCAGCAGUACCCUGGUCUGUCUAUAGGAGACUGUGCCAAGAAGCUGGGAGAGAUGUGGAGCAAACUGUCCCAGUCUGAGAAGCUGCCCUACGAGGAGAAGGCCCAGAAACUACGAGAGAAAUACGACCGGGACAUGGUGGCGUACCGCGGCGGCGGCACGUACGCCAGGAACCCCGGCUCUUCAGCUCAGGGAGGGGAGGAAGAGGAGGACGACGAAGGAGAGGACGAAGACGAGGAGGACGACGACGACGAGUAGAAGACGAGCUGCAGCUGGAUGAGAGGGAGAGACAAAAGGAGGUAGAGAGAGAGAGAGAGACAGGUAGGUGUGUGUGUUUCAGAGGUAGGACAGUGUUGAGGUGCAGGUGAGGGCCUGUGACAGCUGAUUGGACAAGAGCAGGCAGGGGGCGGAGCUUCACAGCAGAAACAAAGCAAAGGGAGACGUGGUGACAGCUGACUGAAAGCAGGUCUGAGGUCAGGUGAGCUUUCAGUAAGAUGUUUUCUUUCCUCCAGUUGGAUCAGUUGAGUCAAACCUCACCUGGUCGUGUUUGUGCAGGUGAAGCUACAUCACCAGUCACAUGUUACUGACCCCCACCGAAGAUCACCUGGAACUCAGGUGUCGCCGUCCGACGUGGAGUCCAGAUCAGUUCAGGAUCAGACAGAAGGUCAGUGAAGACGUCUGGAAGACCUCAGCUAGGAACUUCAGCCGCUGUCUGCCCGAGGUCAGGGGUCAUUAGAGGUCGUCAGGGUCGUCUGUCAGUAGCCAGGACGGCAGUGUUUUUCUUCCAUACACGAUUCCGUGUAGAAAAUCAUGUUAUAUUAGUCGAUCA